GCGUGUGAAACGUCGCAGGCGCCCAAUUCCAUACGACUUGCAGUCGCGAAUCAGGAAUCUUCGCCCCUUGAAUUGAGAUCGUCGAGUCUCUGCUUCGGAUUCGAUCCUUCUUUGCAUUGAUCCGUCAACUGAUUUUUUUUCUGUGCAGGCAAAACUUUCACUACACCAUGUAACUGCACUCGGCGUGACAAUGCUUCAUCCUUGUUCCUGUUGAAUCAUCCACUGGAGGCACAGAAUGACCAGAGAUUGGUUACAUGGUGAAGUUUUGAAGGCUGUCUUCCCUUUACUUGAUGGCAAGGACCUAGCUUCAUGCAUGCUGGUAUGCCAUCAAUGGAGAGAUAUUGCUAGGGAUGAAUACCUUUGGAAAUGCAUCUGUGCCAAGAGAUGGCCUUCUAUAUGCAAAAGACCACCUCCAGCCAUAAGCUAUUACAAGCUUUUUGUAACCUUUUCCAGGUCCCAAUUCAAUCAGUCUCUUCCCCCCGCAAGACUAUCCUUUGAUGAUUUGGAAUUUUACAUCGAUGUCUGGUUGGAACAAACAUUGGUAUUCUCUGAAGCAGUCUCGGGUGCUGCGCUGACGACAGGGAUAAAGAACCCACUUGUCGAUGGUGCUGAUUACAAAAUGAUAAUGCAAGUGGAACCAAGGUUCGCUCUCUCUUUGGGGCAGAGAAUCAGCGUGUCUGUUCUCCUGGCCCGCAAAGACACAAACGAGAUGGCAUGCAUCAUAAACCAAUCAGUCUUUGAGCAUGUGGAUGCUAAUGCUUUUCAAGCACUUGCCUACGACUAUCUAAGAUUUUCAGCUGGACAUCCAUUCAUAUCUGGGGUCAGGGCUUGUGUGUCCUUGCUAUUUAUGGCGAAUAGCUACAACAAUGUUGUAGAUGUUUUUGGCAUCAAGAUAGAUUUUUGUGAUGCUGCAAACUCUGAGAAUGAAGUCUUGUGGCUUCUAGACAUGCUAGACUGGAAAUAAAUGUCUCAGAUCUACGUCUUCUGUUGAGUGUAAAUGGGUACAAUCAUCAAACUAUGUUUCGGAGUGUCAGCGGAAAUAAUAUACAGUAUAUGUGGCACAUAUUUCUUUUUAUCUUAGUGCCUGUGUGUCUCA